GACCUGGAAAUCCUUUCUGGGCCGUAGUCCCUUUCAGGUCUGGCCCUCGGGUGAAGAUGGCGACGUUGCAGGGAGCCGUGGUGACCGGGGACGGUACAGAGACGAAGCUGAGCAAAAAUGAGCUGAAGAGACGUUUAAAAGCAGAGAAAAAAUUGGCUGAGAAGGAGGCAAAGCAUAAGGAGUUAAAUGAGAAGCAACUGAAUCAAGCCCCCACUACCAAUCAUGCUGUUGACAAUGGCGUGUGUGCUGAUGAGGAGAAUUUGGAUCCAAACCAAUAUUACAAGAUCCGCAGCCAGGCUGUCCAGCAGCUGAAGGCCAGUGGAGAGGAUCCCUACCCACACAAGUUCCAUGUAGACACCUCACUCACCCACUUCAUUGAGCAGUAUAAUCAUUUACAACCAGGUGACCAUCUGACUGACAUCACUGUGAGAGUGGCAGGUCGAAUCCAUGCAAAACGGGCUUCUGGGGGAAAGCUCAUCUUUUAUGAUCUUCGAGGGGAGGGAGUCAAGCUACAAGUGAUGGCCAAUUCCAGGAAUUAUAAAUCAGAAGAAGAAUUUUUUCAUAUAAAUAACAAACUUCGACGGGGAGACAUCAUUGGGGUUCAGGGGAAUCCAGGGAAGACCAAGAAGGGAGAACUGAGCAUCAUACCCCAUGAAAUUACGCUCCUGUCACCAUGUCUUCAUAUGUUACCUCACCUUCACUUUGGCCUCAAAGACAAGGAAACUCGUUAUCGUCAGCGAUACUUAGACUUGAUCCUGAAUGACUUUGUGAGACAAAAGUUCAUCACCCGCUCCAAGAUAAUUACCUAUAUCAGGAGCUUCUUGGAUGAGUUGGGCUUCCUGGAGAUAGAAACACCCAUGAUGAAUGUCAUCCCAGGUGGAGCUGUUGCCAAACCCUUUAUCACCUACCACAAUGAGCUGGACAUGAACCUGUAUAUGAGAAUUGCCCCAGAGCUCUAUCACAAGAUGCUGGUAGUUGGUGGCAUUGACCGGGUGUAUGAAAUUGGGCGCCAGUUCAGGAAUGAAGGCAUCGAUUUGACUCACAAUCCUGAAUUCACGACUUGUGAGUUCUACAUGGCUUAUGCAGACUACCAGGAUCUCAUGGAGAUCACCGAGAAGAUGGUUUCAGGAAUGGUGAAGAAUAUUACAGGAAGCUACAAGGUCACCUAUCACCCCGAUGGCCCUGAGGGCCAGGCCCACGAGAUUGACUUCACACCGCCCUUCCGGAGAAUCAGCAUGGUGGAAGAGCUUGAGAAAGCUCUUGGCAUGAAGCUGCCUAAGACCAGUCUUUUUGAAACAGAAGAAACUCGUAAGGUUCUUGAUGACCUCUGUGUGGCGAGAGGCGUGGAGUGCCCUCCUCCCCGAACCACAGCCAGGCUUCUGGACAAGCUUGUAGGUGAGUUCCUGGAAGUGACCUGUAUCAACCCCACCUUCAUCUGUGACCACCCCCAGAUAAUGAGCCCACUGGCCAAGUGGCACCGCUCCAAGGAAGGCCUGACCGAGCGCUUCGAGCUCUUCGUCAUGAAGAAGGAAAUCUGCAAUGCCUACACAGAGCUCAACGACCCCGUGCGGCAGCGGCAGCUGUUUGAGGAGCAGGCCAAGGCCAAGGCCGCGGGUGACGACGAAGCCAUGGUCAUCGAUGACAACUUCUGUACCGCGCUGGAGUAUGGGCUCCCUCCAACGGCCGGCUGGGGCAUGGGCAUCGACAGGCUCACUAUGUUUCUUACAGACUCUAACAACAUUAAGGAGGUCCUUCUCUUUCCUGCCAUGAAGCCGGAAGAGAAGAAGGAGAAUCCAUCACACACGGGCCUGUCUGAAGGCACAGUGACUACUGCAUCCAGCUAGAGGAGAAGAGCUCAGCCUAUUCUGGAUGAGAGAUUCAGGAACAGUCAGACUGUUCUUGAACAGCCAGACAAGUGACUUGAGCACAGUUCUGCAGAUGUCUCCUCCAUCCUAGGGGAGUGCGGCUAGAAGUACUUUCUACUUCUCACCACCAAAUAAAACCAUUUUUCUCUUU